ACAGCCGGUGGCCCGGAGCUUCCUCUUGCCGCGUCUUGUUCGAUUUAAAUGCAAAACCGCGUUUGCAAGACCCUCUCCUCGCCAUCCUCCCUCUGCAAACCCUCUUCUUCUCCAUUCUCUCUCUCUUUUUCUCUCCAAGAAACCCAGAAACCUCGUUCAAACCCACCCUCUCCCUCUCUGUCCAAGAAAACCCAGAAACCCUUUGACAGAGCUCCGUCGUUGAUGGCGUCGUUGACGGCCAAGCGCCGGCGUACAGAGAUCGCCAGGAUCGCCGACCCGGCUGCCCGCCUCGUGACCUAUUCCAAGAGGCGCAAGGGCCUCUUCAAUAAGGCGCACGAGCUCUCCCGCCUCUGCGGCGCCCGCGUAGCGGUCGUCGUCUUCUCCCCCGCCGGCAAACCUUGCUCCUUCGGCGACCCAUCGGCCGACGAAAUCAUAUCCGACUACCUCCGAGGCUGCGGCGGCGGCGGCGGCGGCGAGGUGAUGCCGCCGAUGGGUCUGACCCAGUGGGCGGAAUGGGUCCAAACGGAGUGGGACGCUUGCGCCACCGAGGAGGACCUCGAGUCCCUGAUCCUGAAGUACGAAGCGGUCCGCGACUGCGUGCGCGAGAAGCUGAAGGCGUUGGAGGAUUCACACAAAUUGAGCGAGCAGGAGAUGGAUUCUUUAUUCGAGAGCCUCGAAGGUCAAGGCCCAGCGCUUGCGGCUCUCUUGACGGAAGACGAAGGUUUCCUGACUUCGCCGGAGAACCCGGCUGCCGGUAGUGGAAGUUCAGCAGUGGAGUCCACCCCCGCGGUCUCUGAUCUCGAGGGCUGCGGAUCUAAUGUCGCUGGAGGUGGAAGUUUAGGAGUGGGGUCGACCCCUAAUCUGUCGGAGGACUGCAUCGUGGACAGCCAUGGUUUCUGGAGUUCGCCGGAGGACUCGGCCGUUGGCGGUGGAAACCUGGAGGACUGCUUCGUGGACAGCCAUGGUUUCUGGAGUUCGCCGGAGGACUCGGCCGUUGGCGGUGGAAACUCAGGAGUGGAGCCCGCCCUCUCCGAUCUAGGAGAAUAUGGAUAUAAUCCCAACGACUUUGUGGGACUUGAAGAUUUGGGAUUCCUACUCUGAAUAUACUGUGAAUAUGAACGCGUGUCUUUUUCCUUGGUUAAACUGUACUGUACAGCGAGUGUUCUCUGUCUCGAGAUUCUCGAUAUUUUUGUUAAGGUUUUGGAUGUCUCCGAGGAAUAGAGCGAGAC